AUGGCCAACGACGAGUACGAUUUCCUCUUCAAGGUCGUCUUGAUUGGAGAUUCUGGUGUCGGUAAAUCCAACCUCUUGAGCCGUUUCACCCGCAACGAGUUCAACCUUGAUUCAAAGUCGACUAUCGGUGUCGAGUUCGCUACGCGCAGCAUUCAGGUCGACAACAAGACCAUCAAGGCCCAGAUUUGGGAUACCGCUGGUCAGGAACGCUACCGCGCCAUCACCUCCGCAUACUACCGCGGCGCCGUUGGAGCUCUCCUCGUCUACGACAUCAGCAAGCAUCAGACAUACGAGAACGUCACCAGAUGGCUCAAGGAGCUCAGGGACCACGCCGACAGUAACAUUGUCAUUAUGCUGGUUGGAAACAAGUCGGAUUUGAGACACCUGCGCGCCGUUCCUACCGAGGAGGCCAAGCAGUUUGCUAGCGAGAACAACCUUUCGUUCAUCGAGACUUCUGCUCUGGACGCCAGCAAUGUCGAGCUUGCCUUCCAGAACAUCCUCACAGAAAUCUACCGAAUUGUCUCCAGUAAGGCCCUUGAUCAAGGCGAGGGUAAGGAGAGCGGCCCCGGCAGCGGUGCUCCCGUCAGCGUUCCCUUGACUAAGCCUGCCGACGGCAAUGCAAAGUCCGGCCAGUGCUGUUAA